AUCGCCAUUAGUUAGUUAUCCCGGACCGUCCUAGUCUUCCGUCUUCCCGAGAAGAUUAUGGGUUGUUUUUUUUCCCCAGAACUAGAUGUGAAAAUAUGUAAACUUUAGCCUAAAUAUAACGGUAUUUUAAACAUACAAACAGUAACACUGUUAAAGUUAUAAUCCGUAUCUAUGGCAACGGCCAGUCGAACUGCACUCGUCCUCGGCCGGGUCACGUGACCACACCGCUGGCUCUGUGACGCUAAGAGCCGACUCCUGUUUUGCGUUCAAUCGGUGCAGUGUUGUCGCGCUGCGUUCAACCAGAUAUGACUACGAUAUGAAAAUAAUAGGUCUGCGGCGAGUUUGCUGAAGCCAGCCCGAGACUCGGGAGAGGUGAGAGAACGCAAGGUUUCUCCGAGUGGGUAGCUGUUUAGCUAGAUGCUGCACUCCCUGAUCUCCCAGCAUUAGGAUCUGCGAGGCUGGGAGAGACGACACCCAAACCACCUGACCUAACAUGAUGGCCUCCAGCGACGUAGACAUCCGAGGUGAAGGUUCUUUGUUGUCUGACCAAAAUCCAUCAGAAAUGGAUGCGCUUUGUCCCUCUCCUCCUGGACCUUCCAGACCUCAACGUCACUACGAGAGGAUUGGAGAACGGAGAGGAACCUCUUUCUGUCAGACUCUUAUCCACCUGUUGAAAGGGAACAUCGGUACGGGGCUGCUGGGUCUGCCUCUGGCUGUCAAGAAUGCGGGCCUGGUGCUGGGACCGGUCAGCCUGCUGUGUAUGGGUGUUAUAGCAGUCCACUGUAUGAGGCUGCUGGUGAAAUGUUCCCACCACCUCAGUGCAAAGAUGAACAGGCCGUCUCUGACCUAUGGGGAGGCGGUGCAGUACGGGAUGGAAAACGUGUCAUGGCUGAGGAGACACUCGCAGUGGGGAAAACAGACGGUGAACUUGUUUCUAAUCAUCACCCAGCUGGGCUUCUGCUGCGUCUACUUUGUCUUCCUCAGUGACAAUAUCAAGCAGGUGGUAGAAGCAGCCAACACCACCACCUUCAGCUGCCACAUGAACUACACCAACCAGACCCAGGUCCUGGUGCAGAGCUUCGACUCCCGUCUCUACAUGCUCUGCUUCCUGCCUGCCAUCAUCCUGCUGGUUUUCACCCCCAACCUGAAGUACCUGGCUCCCCUCUCUCUGGUGGCAAACCUGGUCAUGACCGCCAGCUUGAUCCUCAUCUACAUCUACUCCCUCACGAACGUCACAUACCCCAUCAACCUACCAAAAGUCGGCAGAGCUAAAGACUACCCCCUCUUCUUUGGGACAGCCAUCUUUGCCUUCGAAGGGAUCGGAGUGGUUCUUCCCCUAGAGAACAAGAUGCAGAGGCCUCAGAGUUUCAUCCCGGUUCUGUAUUUGGGGAUGGGCAUUGUCACCUUCCUCUAUAUCAGCCUCGGCACCAUAGGAUAUAUGUGCUUUGGAGAGCACAUAGGAGGGAGCAUCACUCUCAACCUGCCAAACUGCUGGACGUACCAGGCUGUGAAGCUGCUGUACAGUUUUGGUAUUUUCAUCACCUUCGCCCUGCAGUUCUAUGUUCCAGCAGAGAUUCUCAUACCACCAGUAUUGGCUCGCGUGUCAGAGAGGUGGGAGAAAGCCGUCGACCUGCUGCUCCGCACCGUCUUGGUCAUCUUCACAUGUGCCCUCGCCAUCCUGAUACCGGAGUUGGACCUCGUCAUCUCAUUGGUCGGCUCGGUCAGCAGCAGUUUCCUGGCGCUGAUCUUUCCUCCCAUCCUCCAGAUUUUAGCUUUUCACACAGAGGGCCUGUCGCCACUGGUGACAAUUAAGAACGUCGUCAUCAGCCUGAUUGGGUUGGUCGGGUUCCUCACAGGAACCUACAUCGCCAUCGAGCAAAUCGUCGCCCGUAACGGACUCAAACAUGAAGAGAUGUUCUCCUCUUACAUGGUCCAGUGAAAUGACUGUUGGCAGGUGGAAGUAACACACCCAGGCCAUUUAGCAACCAUUUUAGGGCACAUUUUUAUGUUUUUCUUCUUUGAUUUGCUGCUGUUGGAAAUGGUGGCCAUUUUAGGAUUAAUCUACCACAUGUUUAAGAAUUAUGAAGCUGUAAGGAUUCGUGGUACUUGGUGUUGUGUUUCAUGUUGUAUCUGACAUACAUGACUAGUGGCAGUUACUCACAUUUCAUCAAGUCCAGCCAUUUAGUGCAAUAUACUGAUAACAUAAUUAUGAUAAAAGCAAAAUCAUUCCUUCAGGUAGGAGAUACCUUGAAAUGAUUUUAAGAGAAUAGAGGGUUUUUAGAGGUAAUUUAUCAUUUUGACAGCCUGAAUAUAUUGAUGUGUUUUAAUAUUUCAGUCAAAACAUCAAACUACCUCACAAAGGUUUGAAACUUUUUUAACAUCCAGAUUAGACAAUGUUGCUGAAAUUGUGUGAUCUUGUAACCCUCAGCCCUCACAGCUUCUCAUUUACAGCUUUUAGAUUUUGACCAACCACCCACCAUUUAGGAAAAAGGGGGGGGGGGCUACAUUUUUUUGUUGCACUUUGAUUUAUGCCUUAUUCAGUGAAACGGCGCACUGCUUUGACAUAGACAACACAUCACACAAACUUUAAAUCAAGUAACUGUAACUUUAAAAUAAGUGGCAGAUUUUAUUUUAUAACAAAACCUAGAACAAAAAAGGGUUGGGUGUCGAAAUGGUUCUGAAUUGGAGCCAGUUCCAAAUUAAUAAGAACCACUGAUUCUUUAGGAAUUGUGCUUUUCGAUCUCACUUAUCGAAUCCUGACAGCAAGAUUAGGACCUGCUGCCCCUCGGUCUACAUCACAAAUGUCCGAGCAUGUGUAUAGUGUUUACAAUAGUGCUUAAAAGUACGGAAGUAAAUUACAUUCACAGAAGGAUAAAAUAGGAGUCCUUAUUGUGUAAUUCUGACUUCCGCAUCUCAUAAUUAUGACUAAGUAUCUCAUAAUAAUGAGAUCUUCAUCUCAUAAUUCUGAAUGUACAGAUCUUGUUAUCAUGAGUCUUAUCAUUUUAGCUGUAGGAACAGAGGUUUUAGGUUGUAGCAGAUGGGAUUGGCUAUAUCUUUCCUUGACUUUUGUCUUUUAUCAGUGUAAUCUUAUACACAACAACUCAUAAUAUCAGGCACUACAUUAGCAUCAAGUGAUAUAACACUGCUUUGUGUGUGUGUGUGCCUGAAUAUUACCAACAUGAACUCAAUUGCCAUUUAAUUUUUACUUCAUUAUUCAAAUACUGACAUACAAAUCGUGUACGAUUCUUGGGUUAAUGAAGUGCACUUAUGUACAAAAGUACAACCAAGCAACAAAAUCUUUUCAAGAAGGGAGGAAGUAUAACAGUGCAGCAUUUUUGUCUGUAGUCACAAUGCCCUAAAAUCACUUAAUGCUACAACAUCUGGCUCAAGUAAAACUCAAUUAAAAUAAAAAUUUUGACAUUUAACUUGUUUGUGACAGGAUGAAGAAUAUUUAUAUUUUAAUGUAUGUUAGGUAAUAAAAGUGUUUUUUACUGUUUUAGUUGCUAUUCUUGCGAAAACAACAAAACCAGGAUCUGAUAAGAACGCAGAUCGAUGAGCACAAAGAGAAUCAAUAAAAGCUAACUGAUACAACCCUUGAACAAAAUAUAUCAGACUUUAGAAACUUAGUUGUAGUGUGUUUAUGUAGGCGCUCUUCUGUGUAACACCUUUUUUCUUGUCUUUUAAACUUAUUUUUUUGAUCCGAUUAUUUUUUUAAUGUGUUUUUAUGUUUUAAUGUUUUAACUAAAUUAAUGGUUGGGUAUUUUUGAAUUAUUAUUUUUUAAUUCAACAGCAUGCAUUUUUAAGACUUACAACUAACGUUGAAAAUGUUAUUUCGGUUUAAUUACAGAGAGGCUCUGCAAUAUAAUGUAAUAUGUAUGUAAUAUAAAACACAAGUUUUAGUUACAAGCUGUAGGUAUUAUAUUCAUAAAAUAAACCCCAUCUAUCGACAAAUACCGACACGUACUGUAAGUUCAUUCUAAAGCUUCUGUACUGUUGUGUCUUCAGUGAUUAUGUGGCAGUAUAAAGAGAGCUUGGUAUUGGUAAAAGUAGGUAUUUAUCAGGGGUCAAAACCGAAAGCUAUGAGCCUUAUGUGUAAAGGAUUUGUAGUAGCUGUUGGUUUGAAUCACAGUUGAAGUUUUUGUGUAAAUAACCAUUUGUUGCACAUGUAAAUGUCUGCUCACACACACAAAAUGACAAAAUACCCGUUAUUCUCCGUCCAUAUUGAUGUUAUGUGCUAAAACAGUUUAAUGAGAUUUUCUCAGUAUUUCCCACUGGACACUUUAAGAGGUGAAUGAAAUGAUGAUGAUGUGCAGCUACCCAAAGAAGACUACUUUCACUUUGCUCGCUUUCAUUUAGGGCUGCAACUAAUGAUAAUUUUAACAGUUAGUCAGUUAAUCAAUUCUUUAUUUUUUUAAUUAAUCAAUUGAACAAAUGCUUAUUUCAGGUUCCCAGAGCCCAACACAUCAUCCUCCAGUUAAACUUGUUUUAACAACAGUUUAAAAAGCUCCAAAUCCUCAGAUUGGACUGAGACUGGAACCUACAAAUAUUUGAGGUUUUUAUUUGAUAAAUUAAUUAAAACCGGUUUUCAUUUUA